AUGCACGAACGGAACGCGCAGAGGGCUCGGCUCGUGUCGAGUGCCGCCGCCACCAUCAUAUCGCUCGCUUGUGGAACGAAUUAUGUGUACUCGGCAUGGGCACCCCAGUUCGCCGACAAGCUGCACCUGUCGGCGACGGAGUCAAAUCUCAUCGGCCUGGCUGGCAAUCUAGGCAUGUACCUCUUCGGUAUCCUAACCGGCAUGUUUGUCGACGCCAAAGGGCCCAGGCCUGCUGUGGCUGUGGGCUCUGUAUUACUGGGUCUGGGGUAUUACCCGCUCCAUACUGCCUAUGAGGCUGGCCAAGGUUCGGUGCCAUGGCUUUGCUUCUGCUCAUUGCUGACAGGUCUUGGCGGAUGCAUGGCCUUCGCUGCUGCUGUCAAAACGUCUGCCCUGAACUGGCCUCACCAUCGUGGCACGGCUACUGCGUUCCCUCUUGCAGCUUUUGGGCUCAGCGCAUUCUUCUUCUCCCUCGUCGGCUCCAUCUGCUUCCCUGGAAACCCCAGCAAGUUCCUGGCGUUACUCGCCUUCGGCACCUUUGCCAUGACUCUGUCUGGAUUCUUCUUUCUGAGGGUGCUGCCACCAACACCAUCCACUUACCACGCUGUGCCCGAACAGGACGACCUGGUAGAUUCCCAAGUCCUCCAUCGCACCGAGUCGCACGACUCGAAGCUGCAGCGCGGCGGCCCUGAUCUCGAACCUGGUAUGUCACAAGACUUUAAGAACAACACAGCCACCACCACUAUUGGCGCUGCCGGCGCUGUUGGGCAGCAAGCCAUCACAGCAGAUUACCCCGAGGGGACCGACAUCGCGGAGUCUUCAAGCCGGCCACAGCAAUCCACUGGUCGAGCCCCUCCCGAUGCCCGCGAAGACGUCGAUGAGACGUCGUCUCUCAUGUCCUCUGAGUCCGCCGUGUCGACAUUACCGGGUGAUGUGUUAGUGCAGGACAGUGUUGAUCUGGAACUCUCCCACCGUCUAGAUAUCCGCGGCGUGAAACUCUUGAAGAAUGUAGAGUUCUGGCAGCUCUUCAGUAUCAUGGCACUGCUGGCCGGCAUAGGACUGAUGACUAUCAAUAACAUUGGCAAUGACGCCACUGCUCUGUGGAAGCAUUGGGAUAAUUCAAUUGACGACAAGAAGCUCGCCCUGAAUCAGCAGCUGCAUGUGUCGAUCCUCUCGGUUGGCAGCUUCUUCGGUCGUCUUCUGAGCGGUGUAGGAUCGGACUUCCUUGUCAAAUCGUUGCACGCCAGCAGGAUCUGGUGUCUCGUUGUUGCUUCGGGCAUCUUCACUGUUGCGCAGAUAUGUGCGCUCAACAUUGAAAAUCCUCACUUUCUUGGCUUCGUCUCUGGUUUCAGUGGCUUGGGUUAUGGAUUCCUCUUUGGCGUUUUCCCCUCCAUUGUUGCCGAAAGCUUUGGAAUUCACGGCCUAUCUCAGAACUGGGGCGCCAUGACAUUGUCGCCAGUGUUGUCCAGCAAUGUCUUCAACAUCUUCUACGGUUCUGUCUUUGAUGCGCACUCCAUCGUUGAGGCUGACGGCAGCAGAGGAUGUGAGGAAGGCCUCUAUUGCUACUAUGCUGCUUAUCAAGCAACACUACUAGCAUGCGGUAUUGGCAUUGCUCUGACCCUGUGGGUCAUUUGGCACCAGAAGCAGGUCAAAGAACGGGCAGGCAACAAGACAAUUGGCAGGGAUUAG